GUCGUGUCGGAAAUCAUUGCUCGCUCCGAGUGGAGGUGGAGGUAUGAACUAGCCAGGCAGGACCUUGGCCACGUGGAGGCCACACGGCCCAGGUGUUCUCCCACCCGCCAUGAUCGUCGUCGUCAUCCGCGAAGACGACAAGACACAGUGGAACCAAGAAAACAUCGAUCAUUACCCAAAGUCAAAUCCCACCCGACAACGCCACAGCACCAAACCUCAAGAAGACGGCGGCGGCGGCGGUUGCGGCGGCGGCCACCCUCCUAUCCGAGAAAGAUGGAGACCCGCCGACGGCACGAGGAGAAGCUGAGCAACAAGUGGGCGUCGACCGCGGCGAGCAUCCUGAUCCAGUGCACCAGCGGCUCCCUCUACACCUUCUCCGUCUACUCCCCAGCCCUCAAGUCCACCCAGGGCUACUCCCAGUCCACCCUCGACACCAUCUCCGUCUUCAAGGACUUCGGCGCCAACUGCGGCGUCCUCUCCGGCAUCCUCUACUCCCACGCCAAUGAUCCCCGCCGCCGCCGUGGCGGGCCGUGGGUGGUCCACCUCGCCGGAGCGGCCCAGAACCUCGUGGGCUACUCCUUGUUGUGGGCAUCCGUUGCCGGGAUCUUGAGCCGGCCUCCCGUUGCGGCCGUGUGCGUGUUCAUGUUGGUCGCAGCGCAUGCGCAGAGCUUCUUCAACACCGCCGAUGUGGUCACGGCAGUCCGCAACUUCCCUGAGUAUAGCGGUACUGCUGUCGGGAUCAUGAAGGGAUUUAUCGGUUUAAGUGGAGCUAUACUGAUCCAAAUAUAUCAGACAGUAUUCAACAAUAACCCUGCCGCAUUUCUCCUGAUGCUUGCCUUAUUACCCACAAUUAAUGCUCUGCUAUUUCUGGGGUUCGUAAGAAUAUACAAUGCGAGCACAUCAGAAGAGAAGAAACACCUAUAUGCUUUGUCCUUGGUUGCUCUCGUUGUUGCAGCUUAUCUCAUGGUUGUUACAAUAUUGGAAAACAUCUUCAAGUGGACGUUCUUGUUGCAUCUCUCAGCGUUAGUUUUGCUGCUUCUGUUGCUAUUCUUGCCUGUUUUUGUUGCUGCUAGAGCCCUGCAAGGAGAUUUUGGGAUUGCUGAGCAGACGCCGUCAAUUGUAAGUGUGGAUGAGACUAGCGACCUUGAUCGGCUAGAACACUACAAGAAGGUUUAUGAUGGAGAAGAAGAUCCGACUGGUUCCGAUUAUCGGAUUCUGCCUGGUGACAUUAAUGAAGAAAUCAGUAAAAAUGACAACAAUGACCAGCAGCUUGAAAGAGACAUUGAUUUGUUGCAAGCUAUGCGCACUGUCGACUUUUGGUUAUUAUUUCUGGCCAUGGCAUGUGGUAUGGGCUCAGGACUAGCCACGAUUAAUAACAUCAGCCAGCUAGGAGGAUCUCUCGGUUACAACAGCGAAGAAGUGAACAGUAUGAUCUCCUUGUGGAGCAUAUGGAACUUUCUCGGUCGUUUCGGGGCCGGAUUUGUAUCAGACUUCUUUUUACAUGCCAGAGGGUGGGCUCGGCCAUUGUUCAUGACCAUAACUCUAGCUGCUCUCACCGUUGGUCAUGUGAUCAUUGGUUCUGGUCUGCCUGGUGCUCUGUACGUGGGCUCAGUUUUGGUGGGUAUUUGUUAUGGCUCACAAUGGUCACUGAUGCCGACGAUAACAUCUGAGAUAUUCGGCGUGGGUCAUAUGGGCACCAUAUUCAAUACCAUCACCAUGGCAAACCCUGUUGGAUCAUAUGUCUUCUCCAUUAGAGUGAUUGGGUAUAUUUACGACAAAGAAGCAUCCGGGGAAGGGCUAAAAUGUAAAGGAACAAAAUGCUUCAUGUUGUCUUUCUUCAUUAUGGCAGGCGCUACUCUUUUGGGUUCUCUUGCGGCGUUGCUAUUAUUCUUCAGGACAAGAUACUUCUACAGCCAGGUUAUACUCAGACGAAUACAACAUUCCUCAAGGUUGUGAAUAGUUUGUUUAUUGAUGUGGUAGAUUACUUCCUGAAGUGGUUUGCUCAAGUUUGAUUGUGGUCGGUCUUAAAGGUGAGGGAGGCACCAUAAGUUGGGUUGGUAAUAAUGGUCACUUUUUAUCUUUCUUAUGGAAGUUCAAUUUGGGGUUCUUCAAGUGCAUUGAUUUGCCAAAUUGACAAGAUGCAUGAAUGUAUUCAGAUAGAACCAUAAUAUUAGGAGAAGCUGAUCGAGCAAUGAGCGAAGAAGAUCUCAGUGGGACCUUCAGUUGGAAGGCAAGAGUUAGAAAAUCAUGUGGUCAUGAGCAGAGAUUGAAGAUUGAUCAGCCUAUUGAAAAUUGCCCAGCCUCAGGCCUUGAUGGUGGUCCUCAGUCCAUAACACAGACAACUGCAUCACACCUCAGAGGCCAGUGCACUUUUUCAAGGAAAUUAAAGUGGCAUCGUUAGCCAAACAAUGGAGCCCGAUUUAGUACGUCGAUUUGGUUAGUGCGAGUGCCGGCCGAGCAAGUGUUGCAUAAAUAAUGCUUGAGCCGAAAUAUUUUAUUAUGGCCCUGUUUGCUUUGUCAUCUUUAGUGAUCCAAUGGUAAUCUGCCUCUGGCAAUUUGGGUUCGAAGGAUGCUGUAUUGGAACUCUUUCUCUGGCUAGUUGGCUUGUUGUAUAUCAUUUGUGGCACUGAUUUUCA